CCUUAUUCCCCCCAUUACUCCCCCUCCCCCUCCCCCACCCCUGUUUGCCAGGUUGGAGGAGGGUUUAAAGCCAGGUGCGCUGAGGCAGCUCGCCAUGUCCAGAUCCGGGGACAGGACCUCCACCUUCGACCCCAGCCACAGUGACAACUUGCUGCACGGCCUCAACCUGCUGUGGAGGAAGCAGCUGUUUUGCGACGUGACCCUCACGGCCCAGGGCCAGCAGUUUCACUGCCACAAGGCCGUUCUGGCCUCCUGCUCGCAGUACUUCCGAUCCCUUUUUUCCAGUCACCCCCCUCUCGGGGGAGGGGUCGGUGGCCAGGACGGCCUGGGGGCCCCCAAGGACCCACAGCAGCAGCAGCAGCAACAGCAACAGCAGCAGCAGCAGCAACAGCAGCAGCAGCAGCAACAGCAGCAGGAGGAGCCGGGUACUCCUUCCUCCUCCCCCGACGACAAGCUGCUGGCCAGCCCACGGGCCAUCAACAAUCUGGUGCUGCAAGGCUGUUCGUCCAUCGGACUACGCCUGGUGUUGGAGUACCUGUACACUGCCAAUGUGACCCUCUCUCUGGACACGGUGGAGGAGGUGCUUUCGGUCAGCAAAAUCCUGCACAUUCCCCAGGUCACCAAGCUGUGCGUGCAGUUCCUCAACGACCAGAUCUCGGUCCAGAACUACAAGCAGGUGUGCAAGAUCGCCGCGCUGCACGGCCUGGAGGAGACCAAGAAGCUGGCCAACAAGUACCUGGUGGAGGACGUGCUACUGCUCAACUUUGAGGAGAUGCGCGCCCUGCUGGACUCGCUGCCGCCCCCCGUGGAGUCGGAGCUGGCGCUCUUCCAGAUGUCCGUGCUUUGGCUGGAGCACGACCGGGAGACCCGCAUGCAGUACGCGCCCGACCUCAUGAAGCGCCUCCGCUUCGCCCUCAUCCCAGCCCCAGAGCUGGUGGAGCGGGUCCAGUCAGUGGAUUUCAUGCGCACCGACCCUGUCUGCCAGAAGCUGCUUCUGGACGCCAUGAACUACCACCUGAUGCCCUUCAGGCAGCAUUGCAGGCAGAGCCUGGCCAGCAGAAUUCGCUCCAACAAGAAAAUGCUGUUAUUGGUUGGAGGACUGCCUCCUGGACCGGACCGGCUUCCCAGUAACUUGGUUCAGUACUAUGAUGAUGAAAAGAAGACAUGGAAAAUACUGACAAUUAUGCCCUAUAACAGCGCCCAUCACUGUGUGGUAGAAGUGGAAAACUUCUUGUUCGUGUUGGGAGGAGAAGACCAAUGGAAUCCAAAUGGAAAACACAGUACGAACUUUGUCAGCCGAUACGACCCAAGAUUUAACAGCUGGAUCCAGCUCCCACCCAUGCAAGAAAGGAGAGCCAGUUUCUAUGCAUGUCGCCUGGAUAAACACUUAUAUGUUAUUGGUGGGCGGAAUGAAACCGGAUACUUGUCCAGUGUGGAAUGCUAUAACUUAGAAACCAAUGAGUGGCGGUAUGUUUCCUCAUUACCCCAACCUCUGGCAGCUCAUGCAGGAGCCGUGCACAAUGGGAAAAUAUACAUUUCAGGGGGUGUUCACAAUGGAGAGUACGUCCCAUGGCUGUAUUGCUAUGACCCUGUUAUGGAUGUCUGGGCCCGAAAACAAGAUAUGAACACAAAACGAGCAAUCCACACUUUGGCUGUAAUGAAUGAUCGGCUAUAUGCAAUUGGAGGAAACCAUUUGAAAGGUUUCUCCCACCUUGAUGUCAUGCUAGUGGAAUGCUAUGAUCCCAAAGGUGACCAGUGGAAUAUUCUGCAGACUCCCAUUUUGGAAGGCCGAAGUGGCCCUGGUUGUGCUGUCCUUGAUGACAGCAUUUAUCUUGUAGGAGGCUACAGCUGGAGUAUGGGAGCCUACAAGUCAUCGACCAUUUGCUAUUGCCCGGAGAAAGGAACCUGGACAGAGUUAGAAGGAGACGUAGCUGAACCACUUGCAGGUCCUGCUUGUGCUACAGUUAUUCUGCCAGCCUGUGUACCUUACAACAAAUAACACACAGGAUACAUUAAAUUGAACAAAUACCACAUUCUGGGAAGUGAUGACACAAAUAUUUUAGUAGGGAAAAUUAUAUUCUACAGACACAACUACCAAAACCCACCUUUGGGUUUAGAUUGAUGCUUUAAAGGCAAACUACAAAAAAAAUUAAAAAAAAAAAAUUUAAAAAUCCCCAUUCUUGGACACAUAUCAGUCUUGUGAAGCAAGUAGCUAAAGACCACACCACACCUCCCAUGUUGACAGAUUGCCAUCUCAGGCUGGUUUUCACUAACUUGGCCCAACUACACGGAAACUCCUCGCAUUGAUAUUAACUUUCAAAAGGAGAAAGAUAGAUGUCAGAAGACUGCCCCAGAAAGAUCUAAGAGCAGUGUUGUGCAUUGUAAUCUACCUGCAUGUGAUCCAUGUUGACGUUUUGGAGAUGUUGUGUUCUCUGAAUGCUUCAAAAAUUCACCCAGAAUCACAGAAAUGGCAUCUUUUCUGGUUAUCUUAAACUCUGAUGAUUACAUAGGCUCUGCAGGCCAAAUAAUUUUAGAAAAAAUACCCAAAGCUAACUUCUCUUCAUCUACCCAUGUUUUCCCAGCAUUACAAAUGAACUAAGCAAAGAGAAGGAAAUGGCAAAGAAAGGCAGGGACUCUGUUAGAGACCCAGUGACUAUUGCCCUUCAUUGUCAUAAACUAGAGCGAGUUCCUAAUUUUGAGGCUCUCCUCCAGAGCUAUUUGUCCAAAUAAUUUGAAUUGAGUAUAGACUGCUGCUACAGUCAAUUUCCUGAGAACUGUACUCUCCUAUUUUGAAAACCCUAUAAAUAGUGAACACACUUAUUAUCUGCUUCAAAAGUCAGAUAAUAUCUGAUUCAAAUUUUGACCCAUGGGAAAAUCAGCCCUGCUUGCCCUUUGCAACUCAGAGACCAGGAGCUAGUAUACUUACUGUAAAGUAUAAUCUCACUUAUUUUUCUGUCACUGAGAAACAUGAAAUUUAAAUAACUUUAAAGAAUCACAGCAACUUCCAUUUAUUUUAUUUUAAUCCUCAACAAGGCAUUGGGCAUCUCCUCUCCCUCAGCUGGCUGCGGGACAGCACAUGAUUUACCAUCAUUAUUUGCCAAACUGGGCACAUCUUUAUUGCUCUCAUUGGUAAUGCUUACACACAGAGACAAAAAAUUAAAUUGUUCUCUUGGCAGUUGCAGCAACAGCAGGAAUUGUUGAGGGGAGGGAGCAGGAGUGAGAGAGUUUACGUUUGUCAAAUCAGAAGGGACAAAGCUGGAAAAAAGAGAAAUUUUAUUUUCAAGCUUUUAGGAGUCAAAUAAAACACCAGUAAAAAGUAAAGCAAAGGUAUAAAAAGAUAACGAAUGGUUGGAUUGUUUGAUAAAUGGAUUCUUUAAAAGCAGUGUGAGGCAACAAGUGGGCAUGCCUUGAUGAGACUCUCUUAUUGAGGAACAUGGAAAGAUCAGAGUGAAGGUGCUCAAAUCUGAAGCUGUUCCUACAGUAAAGUGCAAUCGUAAUUGUUUUUGUAUUUAUUUGUACGUUCAGAUCCAAAGGAUCCCUUGUAAAAAGAUAUCCAGUGCAAUCAACUUUCAUUUUUUCCCUUGAAAGUAUAUAUAGAGAGAGAAAGAGAAAGAGAAAGAGAGAGUAACCAGUUAUAGCACUCCAUAUAAGAACCUCAGCUGAUACUCUGAGGAGAAAAAGGUUAGCUUCGGUCUUUUAUGGUGAGCUGACACUUGUUCCCUCUAAAAUGUACAACUAAGGCUUUCAAAAGGUUCCUUGUCCUUUGACUGGUUCUUUGUCUUAUUUUUCUUUUCAACUGAGAUAAAUUUUAGCAUUUAUGAGAACUGUAUGUAAAACUUUCUGUCUUUCAGGAAGGCAUGACCAAGGAAAAGGUGAUAUAACUGAGUAAGUCACAGAGAAUGUAAAUUUUGUACAGUAUUAGAAUGUGUAAAUGACGCUUGCUUGUAAGGGAAAAACUUUAAAUAAAACUUUAUGUACUAAU